AUGUGCAUGCCCGGGGUUUGGGGUGUGACAUGUGCCAUCUGUCUAGAGGAGUUUGCAGCCGGCAAUGAGGCUAGGGAGAUGCCAUGCCAGCAUAGGUUCCACUUGGGCUGCAUCAAGAAGUGGCUGUCGGUGCACGGGACUUGCCUUGUUUGCCGGUUUGCGAUGCUGCCAGAGGAGGACGCCACGAAGGUUCUCGGCGAAGGUGGCAAGGAUCAGGCUUGGGGCCAGAGACCGAUCGUGGUGAUGCUCGUGAUUAAUGGUCGGGGCGUGAGUAUUCCUAGUUCAAGCCACAGGUCGAUGGGUCUCGAACGGAGUUUGGGAUCAGGAUCAGAAGACAAUGGUGGAAGUGCUGAUAGCUCGCCAGCUCAGGACACGGCCUCAGGAUGGUGA